UAAGUAUUUUUUUCUCUCAGAACGACACAGACAGAGGUUACGCUUAGUAAACUUCCAAAGUAAGGCCGAAAUCCGGCUGUUUCAAGUACUAAAAGGUUAAAUUACCAACACCGAUGGAUGUUGAUUACGGAGAGAAGAAGAAUAAUAAAACCUGAAAAGUGUUAAUUAAGAUCCCCAAAGGCCUUCCCUUACGUAAUUAAAAGACAAAGGUUUUUCCUGGAUUGAGCUAAUUGACGGUUAAGCAUAUUGGUAUGGGUUGAUGACGACAACUCGAAAACGAGUUAGCUGGUCGUUAGCAGGAAGAGAAAGUUGUUCCAACGCAACAAAAUAAAGCCGGAAUUACGCCUCGGGGUGAGUUUGUUUUCAUCACUGGUAAAACGGGGAAAGACUGUUGAUGAAACAAAAAGAAAAAUAGCAAAUAAACCUUUGAUAAAAUAAGUUCUGAAAUGGAGAUUGGGCCAGCUGGACUGAAGCGUGUCACUGUCCACUUUGAAGACACAGUUCGCCAAGCAGCUUUAUCCCUGAAAGAGCCCCAUGACCUCGAAUCCAGUGACGAAGAAUUAAAACACGGAAAUGAUGAUUACAGCAGCGAAGAUGAGUGGGAUACAGAUUUAGAAACACCGUCCAAAGACGAACAGAGGACUCACAGAACGGCUGAUCUAACAGGGAAAUCAUCGUACUUACGAACUUGUCGCGCGCUCGGAGUUCCACCGGUUUCUGUCGUACUUGACACGAUUCAUACUUCGGAGAUCGCUUUGCCACAUCACGGGUUAGGGCCUAAAGGUGGUAGGGCUCUCGCUAGGGCGCUCGUAAAAAGCACCACUGUUGCGAAGCUCGACUUGCAAGAAAACAGCCUGGGCGAGGAAGGAGUGGAUUACUUUGCCAAGAUGUUCUUCGAGAACUGCUACAUAACAUGGGUAAAUCUCUCUGGAAACUCGAUAGGUUCGAACGGUGCUCGAGCAAUGGGGAGCGUCCUCAAGGAAAACCAAGCCCUACAAUGGCUUGAUCUGUCUUUCAACAACUUUGUUGACAAGGACGCGAGACCACUCGCUGAGGGUUUAAAAAGCAGCACAACCCUUAAAUUCCUCAACUUGAGUAGAAACUCAUUUUGCGAGGCAGGCGGAGAGUUAUUAGGUCUAGCCUUGGAGGAAAACAAUAGCAUCACUGAGCUGAAUCUUAGCUGGAAUCAUUUGCGGUUAAGGGGAGCUAUCGCCAUCUGCAAAGUUAUGGCAAAAAAUAGCGCCAUCAAAAUCCUCGAUCUGUCCUGGAAUGGUUUUGCCGACGACGGAGCGGAAGCAAUGGGAAACGCGCUGAAAAAGAAUGACACGCUUCUUGAACUGGAUCUAAGCCACAACCGCAUAAGUGAAAAAGGUGCGUUUGGAUUAGCUAAGGGUUUGGAAAUAAGCAGAAGACUACGAGUGCUGAAGAUUGGAUUUAAUCCUUUCGGAAACCCUGGAGCAUAUGCUUUCUUAAAAGCAAUCGAAGGAAACCCGAAUUCAGCCUUGGAUGAAAUCCAUCUUGACAACAUUAUUUUAAAAGAGAACUUUGAAAUCCUCCUGGCAGAGUUAAUGAAAAACAAGCCCGCCUUACAAGUCACCUAUGCUGUUUCCAUCCAUGACAGAAAAAGAGGCUCCGAAGCCGGUUACCAUGACGACCAAGGCAAUGACACCGGAGGGCGAAUGAAGCAUGAAUUGCUGACAGCGUUAAAGACGUUCCUGUCGGAGAGAAGACUUCGUGCUCUGGACCUUUUCAACUGCUUGGAUAAGGACAAGACACAGAGUGUGUCUCCAAAUGAGAUGUUUAUCGGUCUGAAGAAACUCAGCGUGCCGCUAAGUGACUUACAGUUGAAGAGACUGAUCCGCGUACUCGACAAAGACGGGGACGGAGAGAUCGAUUAUGGAGAGUUCGCCGCAGUCAACGAAAAACUUGCUCAUGCUCGAUCUCCCAAGGGAUAUAGCCGGUAUGGUUGUCAUGGAAACUACACAAGAAUCCGUGGAAUUGACAGCUCCGUCUCUCGAAAAGAACAUUCGAUCGGUGAUUUAGCAAAGGUAAACAGGAUUUUCGCGUUUGAGGUGUCUGUUGCUGAAAGCUAUUUUAUCAAAGUUCAAGUAACUUUUAAGUUUUCCUAUGUAAAUAAAUUAUGCCUGAGCCGAUGUAAAGCUUCGGAAUUCUUCAUGGAAGAACUUGAAAGUAAAACGGCAAAGUUGAAAGUUUUUCCAGGCUUGACAAUGCAUGCUAGAAAUGCCACAGUGAAGAAGGUUGACAAGACCUUGCGAGCAUUGAGCUCUGUCACUCUGUCAGUCAAUCCGAAUCAUGUAAAACUCAAACCAGGCACUGCUUCACCUGCAAGUGGCACUGAUGAGAGUGACGAUUCAGAUGGAUGGGAAACUGAUUUAGAGUGCGAAGAGCUGAAGCCACAGUAUGAUCCAACAGGGCGAACCCUAUACCAGCGUGCUUGUCAGAAACUUGGUAUUGUUCCUGCCUCCUUCUUUAUGCGGCACAUGACAGAGCCAACAGUUACCAUGUCACACCAUGGACUUGGUCCAUUAGGCAUCCGAGCAAUGGCAUUGGCUCUUUUAUACAAUACAAGAGUCACAAGUCUGAAUAUCAGAGACAAUGGUAUUGGAGAAGAGGGAGGUGAGAUUGUGGCAAAACUGCUAAGAGAAAACUACUUUAUAGUGGAGUUAGACAUGUCUGAAAAUCAGCUUGGUAGAGGGGCAAUUGCAGAGAUGGCAGAAACUCUUAAGGAGAAUAAUACACUAACAAAACUUGGACUUGCAGGAAAUACCCUCGUUGAUAAAGAUGCUGAGGUAAUAUGCCAAUCAUUGCUGGUAAACAACACCCUCAGCCACCUGGAUCUAAGCUGUAAUAAAUUCUCUAACAAAGCUUGUGAGUUCUUUGCAAAAGUUCUUGAUGAGAACAUUACAUUAUCAGAUCUUGAUCUUAGCUGGAAUCACAUACAAGUCAAAGGUGGACUGGCUCUGGCCAAAGGACUGAGAGGAAAUGUGAAGCUCAAAAGCCUGAACUUGGCAUGGAAUGGUUUAGCAGAUGAUGCAGCACGAUCAUUAGCAGGGGCUCUGCUUGAGAAUGGUACCCUACAAUUCUUGGAUUUAAGUAGCAAUAGGAUUUCAGACACAGGUGCUUUCAGCAUUGCUAGAUGUCUGGAGAGCAAUUCUUCACUAGAAGUUCUACGGCUGUCAAAAAAUAACCUUAAAAACAACGGGGCUAGCGCUCUUCUGAACUCCAUUAUAAAAAAUGGAGACAGUAGAAUUCACAAGAUUGAUCUCAUUGGUACACCCCUAAAAGAGGAAUUUCACAUAAUUGCAGAAGAAUCGAGAAAGUUGAGGCAAAUUGAAAUAAUUACAGAUGAGACUCCAGAAUUAAGGCACAAACAAGAAGAACCUGACCCAGGGACACUUUUACGUAACUACAUUGCAAAGGAACAUGUUCAAAUUGUAGACUUGUUUAGAAAGUUGGACCGAGAUGGGAGCAUGCAAGUGAGUGUGAAGGAAUUUGCAGAAGGGCUGCGGAAAUCUCAGGUUGGGUUAACACAGUAUGAGGUGGACAGAAUCAUUGAUGUGCUUGAUGCAGACAAAGAUGGUGAAAUAGACUACAGUGAAUUUGUUUGCAUACAAGGCGAAUGGAAAAAUGAUGAGAAGGGAAAACGAAAAAUUUCAAAACCACCUCAUUAGAACAAAUCUGAUAAUGAAGUUUACUCUCUCAGAUUCUGCUGAAAGUUGAAUUUUAAAGUUUAACUGUUAAACAAUGAGAUCUUAUAAAUCAUACCAAGUAAGGUGGCCAAUAUAUUAAGCCUUUACCUUCCAAGAGUGCAUUUCCUUGUGAUCAGAACUUCAAGAGUUUAGUGUUAUAUUAAGGAAGCUCUUAAAAGCUUGUCUGUUCACAUGACAUGUUUACAAGAUUAUGCUUUGUAAUCAUGAGAAGUUAACUGUCCAUCAAUUAAACCUUUAACUCCCAAGGUCAGAUUGUUAAUUCUCCCUUCUGGCUGCUACACGUUUCCUUGUAGAUUAGUUACAAGAAUUUUGAGUAAGAUCAAGAUAACAACUUCUACCUUAUAACUUUGAGUAUUCUCAUUACCAGCUUGCUGGAUAAUGUAUGGAUAUUAUGGGGAGAAGUAACAUGUUUACCACUUCCAGGGGUUAACGGGUUAACAGAGUAUUCAAGAGCUGUCCCAGAUGCCCAUACUGUUGUUUUUUGCAAAGGCUCAAAUUAUCAUGACCUUACAUCUUAAACCCUUUACACCCUAACAUCAGUAUGUAUACUCUCUAUACUGUUCUUUAUACAUUUCCUAAGGUUCUGACAAGGAGAAUUUGUU